AUGGCUUUUCAUUCUGUAUUUCUCGUUUUCUUAGCUGGCCUGGCACUUUGCUCUGAAGCUGCACCAUUGGACUCUCCUGAUGCCAAGCAUCCUCUUUCUGUAAAAGUUGUGGAUUCCGUCCGAGGAAGUCCAGCUCCAAAUGUUGCAGUUAAAUUAUAUAAAGGAGCUGCAGAUGGAUCUUGGGAACUGCUAAAUUCACAACAAACCAAUGAAAAAGGAGGCCUCCCAGAGCUUACAACGAAAGAACAAUUUGUAGCAGGGUUAUACAAGCUUGAGCUUGAUACAGCCUCUUACUGGAAGAGUCUGGGCUUGAAUCCCUUCCACCAACACGCUGAUGUGGUGUUCACAGCUAAUGAUGCUGGUAAUCGGCGUUACAAGAUUGCUGUUGUCCUCAGUCCCUUCUCUUACUCAACCACAGCAGUAGUUAGCGAGCCAGUGGCAUAA